CUCCCUGGCCCGGGCCCUGGUCCUUCGUGGGCCGCGCUCCGCCGCCAUGGGCUCGGAGAUGGAGCCGCUGCUCCUGGCCUGGAGCUAUUUUAGGCGCAGGAAGUUCCAGCUCUGCGCAGAUCUGUGCACGCAGAUGCUGGAGAAGUCCCCUUAUGACCAGGAACCAGAUCCUGAAUUGCCAGUGUCUCAGGCAGCUUGGAUUUUAAAGGCACGAGCACUAACCGAAAUGGUGUACGUAGAUGAAAUUGAUGUAGAGCAGGAAGGAAUUGCAGAAAUGAUGCUGGAUGAAAAUGCUAUUGCUCAAGUUCCACGCCCUGGCACAUCUUUGAAACUCCCUGGAACUAAUCAGACGGGAGGGCCUAGUCCAGCUAUCAGGCCAGUCACUCAAGCUGGAAGACCCAUUACAGGUUUCCUUAGACCUGGCACACAGAGUGGAAGGCCUGGCACCAUGGAGCAGGCCAUCAGAACUCCCAGAACUGCCUACACAGCUCGCCCUAUCACCAGCUCAUCUGGAAGAUUUGUCAGGCUGGGAACGGCUUCCAUGCUUACAAGUCCUGAUGGACCUUUUAUAAACUUAUCUAGACUGAAUUUAACAAAAUAUGCCCAGAAACCUAAAUUGGCAAAGGCUUUGUUUGAAUAUAUCUUUCAUCAUGAAAAUGAUGUUAAGACUGUUUAUAUCUCAUUGGAUCAACCAGUGACAGCUUUAAAUCUUUUCAAACAAGGCUUAGAUAAGUUUCCAGGAGAAGUAACCCUACUUUGUGGAAUUGCCAGGAUCUAUGAGGUAAGACUUAUAUUAUUCAAAAAGUUGGUGUGAAAUUGAGGUUAUAUGCAACUUAAGUAAGUUCAUAGGCCCUUGGGAUCCUAGCAAGGAGAACAAUUUGUAAAAUUAUGAUAACUGGCCUGUGGUUUACUAACAGAGUAAGAGAUUUUAGUGUAUGCAUUUAGUCAAACUAAGUUUUUAUUAUGAUGUAUUUCAAACAUACAGAAGAGUAAGGAGCGUGGUAUGAGAUAGGGAUUUAAAUGAGUUUCCCACUACAGAUAGCUAUUUGUC